AAUUCAGUUACACCGAUACCUGGAGGGCCAUGGCUGCUGGGGAACAGCCUCCCUGCGCUUGGGUGCUUUGUGGAUUUUGUGGAGUGUUUUUAUACAUUUCUCUGCUAUUUAGUACUAGGAUCUUCGCAUUUGGCAAGGAGUUUUGACCAAGGUUGGCUGUGCUCAGCCGUAUGUUUGCACCUUUCUCCAUAUUUGAAACUUCUCUUUCUGUUCCACUCUGCACCUGCUGUGUCUGUCCAGGGUGUAGGUUUCCUAACCAUGAUGAGGCAAGAAAGGAAGAAGCAGACCCAAUGUAGACACUUGGCCUGGCUGCAAGGUGAUAUGGUUUUGGCUCUGAAUACUCCAGCCGGGCUCCCAAAGAGCCAGCUGCUCCCCGGGAACAACUUCACCAAUGAGUGCAACAUCCCGGGCAACUUCAUGUGCAGCAAUGGGCGGUGCAUUCCAGGCGCCUGGCAGUGCGAUGGGCUGCCUGACUGCUUCGACAAGAGUGAUGAGAAGGAGUGCCCCAAGGCCAAGUCCAAGUGCGGCCCCACAUUCUUCCCCUGUGCCAGCGGCAUCCAUUGUAUCAUUGGCCGCUUCCGGUGUAACGGGUUUGAGGAUUGCCCCGAUGGCAGCGACGAAGAGAACUGCACAAACCCCCUGCUCUGCUCCACUGCUCGCUACCACUGCAAGAAUGGCCUCUGCAUUGACAAGAGCUUCAUUUGCGACGGGCAGAACAAUUGUCAGGACAACAGCGAUGAGGAAAGCUGUGAAAGUUCUCAAGAACCAGGCAGCGGGCAGGUGUUUGUGACUUCGGAGAACCAGCUCGUGUACUACCCCAGCAUCACCUACGCCAUCAUUGGCAGCUCCGUCAUCUUCGUGCUGGUUGUGGCCCUGCUAGCCCUGGUCUUGCACCACCAGCGGAAGCGAAACAACCUCAUGACACUUCCAGUUCACCGCCUGCAGCACCCCGUGCUGCUGUCCCGCCUGGUCGUCCUGGACCACCCUCACCAUUGCAAUGUGACCUACAAUGUCAACAACGGCAUCCAGUACGUGGCCAGCCAGGCUGAGCAGAAUGCCUCAGAAGUAGGCUCCCCACCUUCCUACUCCGAGGCCCUUCUGGACCAAAGACCCGCCUGGUAUGACCUCCCUCCACCACCGUACUCUUCUGACACAGAGUCUCUGAACCAAGCCGACCUGCCACCUUACCGCUCACGAUCUGGGAGCGCUGACAGCGCCAGCUCCCAGGCAGCCAGCAGCCUCCUGAGUGUGGAUGGCACUAGCCACAGCCCUGGGCAGCCUGACCCUCCGGAGGGCCCCACCCAGCCCAGGGACUCUAUGCCCAGCCAGGGCACUGAAGAAGUUUAAGAUCCAGCUAUUCCAAAGUUCAUAUGGGUUCAUCUGCUCUGACUUGUUGCCAUCCUCACGGUCCAUGGGAAACUCUAUAAGCACCUCGCGGGUGUGGCGAGCUGCAGUUUAGAGUGUCGGCUCUCUCUCCAUUCCCCUCCCCUUCUCACCCCCAGAUUUUAGAGACGGUCUUCAGAGAGUGACUGGCAUUUUGCUGGCCUCUCAGCUGACACUGUGUGUUGUGCCUCUUUGCAAUGAGGCCACUCUUACCAUCAUCUGUUACUGUUGGGCUUCCUCUGCGGAAGAACUGCAGAUCUGUGGACAGCAGGAUGCAGUGGUCUUUAAGGAUGAAGCCUUUGAGAAAGCCGUGUGUCUGUGUUAAGUCAGGUGUUCAGAGAGGCAGAACAGCCUGGCCCAGAUGCUCAUCUGGACUGCCACCUUAUAGCCACAUUCUGGGAUGUGGGCCACAGGAGCCUGCAGGCAGCACACGCUGGUGAACCCUGAAAAGAGUGCAGCUAGCUGCAUAUGAAAACCUGCAUCACACCUGAGUGCACAUUGCUCCCAAUCCAGCACUGGCGGUGACCAAAGAAGCCGUUCCAUAAACACAGCAGCCUUCAGCCUUCUACAGCAUCAUUUGGGUUUUGUGAUGGGGAUUCUGAAACGAUCCAUCUUCCAGAGAUCCCAGCUUCAGAAAUUUUCCCAAUAACGCUUGUGUUGAGAGUCGCCUCCCAGAGCAAGCCAGGAAACCCUCCCUUGAGUUUAUCCAAGUGCUCAGGCUCUUAACAUCCCCGCACUCCCUCCUGGGCUCUGGACUGUCACUCUCCCAGCUAACCCCUGCAGACCCAGGGAGGAAGUCCUGACUUCAGUGGGCCAAAAAUCUAAUCUGGCCAUCUGUCCCCCGCCUGGAAACCACACACAGCCUGUGUUUGCUGUUCUACGUCAGGUUCCUUACAUCCCAUUAACAUGCAUCUGGACUUAAGGACACCAGUUUCUAACACACACCUGAGCUGUGUGCAGUGGUUCUGUGUGAGCUCCCUAUACCACACGCACCCCUCUUCCCAAGGCCCCAGCACCAACACCCCAAGUCAGGAUUAGGGUUGGAUUUAGAGUUAGGGUCAGGCCUCUCCUAACAUCCCAGUCAUUUCUCCUGAGACACACACAGGCAACAGUCAUUUUAGAGCCAAGAUUUCCCAUUUGGAUUUUUUUUUUAAUCUUUUAGAAAUGCAUUUGAAACAGUGUGUUGUUUUUUCCCUUCUAGUUAAGGGACUAUUUAUAUGUGUAU